AGCAACCCUGAAUGUGGUUUAUUUCCCACAAUUAGGUUAUUUAAUCACAAUACCACAGUAUCAUUUACAGCAGAAAUUCCAGCACUGUGAGAAUAGCAGUAUUUCCACUAGUGGCACCUGUAAGAGAGAUAGUACAAUGCCUAGAUAUUACGAACAAGCUUUAGAAGGAUAUGAACUACAGUUUACCACGGCAGAUAACCUAUAUUAUAAAAAUAAACGAACCAGAGAAUUAGAUGAAAACCUUGGAGAUGUACAUGCGCUGAUAGCAGACAAAGAAAUCGAGAUUAUUCACGAGUUAUCUCAAAAAGUCUUGGGUUGUACGCAACAGUUCUUUGCUGUAGCCCAAGUACUUGCUGAGUUAGACUGCUUAAUGUCAUUAAGCCUUGUUGCCUUAAAGUAUAAUUACGUCCAGCCUGUUAUGACUAAUGAUGACUCUCUCAUCAUUUCGAAAGGAAGGCAUCCGUUGCAAGAACGCAGCGUCAAUAUAUUCAUUCCAAACGACACUUGUGUAAAGGGUGGUCAAGGCUUUCAAGGUCAAAGAGAACAGCCAAUCAAACAACGUAGCAAGCAAAGUGAGCAGAAACAGUGCAGUUUAUCACGGAUUUGCAGCAGUACGCGAUCUUCGUCUUCUUCCGUUACCAGACCAUUAGAUGGAGGCAUAGCAAGCUUAAAAAGCGACUUACAGAUGAAUAGUGUCCAAAUAGUAACGGGUGCCAAUUUCUCUGGAAAAAGUGUUUAUCUGAAACAAAUUGCUUUGAUCGCUUAUAUGGCACAUAUUGGAAGUUUUGUACCAGCCGAAAAAGCUAUUGUAGGUAUUGUCGACAAAUUCUAUACUAGAAUUCAGACUUCAGAAACGGUUUCGAAGCCUCAAAGCGCAUUUGGUUACGACGUACAGCAACUCAAUCGAGCAUUACAUAAUGCCACAGAACAUAGUCUUGUCAUUAUAGACGAAUUUGGAAAGGGUACAGACAGUUCUGACGGAGCUGCUUUGUUCUGUACAGUCAUAGGCUAUUUCUUAUCUAAAAGAAAUCAGUGUCCAAGAGUAAUAGCAAGUACUCACUUUCAUGAUCUCAUUAGCAAAGACUAUUUAUCUGCAGAAGAUGGAAUAACCCUUUCACAUACAAAGAUUAUUGUUCAUAAUAAGUACUCAACGACAAACAAUGCUGCCGUUAACAUCAGAUCAGAAAUUUUUUGUUUGCAUCAAACUACUCAAGAUAUGAACGGAAAAGAGAAAGAGAGUAUUGGUAGAAGUAACUUUUUAUCACGUAGUUUCGUCGAUGUUGACAGUAGUAAUAGGAGAGAAAACAUGACGACAAUUCCUGAAAAUCCAAAGACACCUAGCGGAAAUGAAGUCGUUUUUUUAUACAAGAUUAUCCCCAGCGAAAGAAACCAACGACAACCACCGGAAGAAAUCAGCAGGAAUAACGAGUCGCAUGGAAUGUGGUGCGCUUCUAUUGCUGGUUUACCAAUUCAUACUAUUCAGAGAGCUGUUGAAUUGUCUGAAAAGUACAAGCAAGGCACUAGCAUCAAUCGAAUUCGAACCCAGCAAGACGAAGAUUACUAUAAAGCAAUUGAGGCCAUCCAAAAUAAAUUCCUGGAAACAGAUAUAAAUGAAAUCAAUCCUUCAAAGCUUAUUGCUUCUAUUGAAGCAUUAUUGCAAGGAUAAAAGUAAAAAAUGAUAAUAAAUUAGUAAUUAAGACGAUCGAGAUCGCUUACUAUGUAAUUACUGACAUUAUUGCAAUAAGCUUAUUUAACAUAACAAUGAAUACUGUCCAAAAAGCUAAUAAAGUUGGGAGCCCCCGAACAACUGUUACACGGAUAGAGUCUGAACGUGCUGUUGCAACGAAAUCUAUGACCUAACUUGGGAGUUGACUUUAUUUUAGUAAACGCUCGCUUGUUCUAGAUCAUUUUCGAUGUUCAUCGUAAAUUGCAUUUUAAAAGGGUCUUUCUACAGCGCAUUA